AGACAAGAACUCAAAGAUCUGUCAAGGAAUAUGUAAAUAAUGUUUUCUGGAUUAAGCUUUAUUGUGGGCCUUGCACUAUGCUUUAAACUAUCCUUAUAUGCAGACGGAUCGCACACAAAUUCCAUAGUAAACUUUAGCAGUAAUGAAACCCCCGAUGUCUCCAUACCAGCAGUACUUACACUCAAAACAGGUGAUGACGUCAGAAUACCUUGUAACACGUCAUACAGUGACGAAAAAGUCACCGUUGUCUGGAGUUACACAACAGGCACUUUAGCAAGAAAUGUGCAGCAAGACGGUAGAGAUCUGGUGAUAACUGGUUUUACUAAUACGGACGCAGGGAUAUAUCUAUGUCACGUGACUUACGGUGUCCAGGUCUCAUAUAAGCUACUUGAAAUUAUUGCAGGUGGUACUGAUAUUUCAACUGCUACAUCCUUUAUUCCACCACAUGCCUCUAUAACUGAUCACAGGACGAUUCUCUAUGGAGACAACGUCACACUAACCUGUCAUGUGACCGGAAGUCCACAACCCAGAACAAUAUGGCUUUUUAAUGACAGACUGAUCAAAGAUAACCGUAUUGUUGAAGAAGGUAACAAUCUACAUGUGAACAACAUCACCUUAGCUGAGGACGGAAUCUUCACUUGUGUAGCCAAAAGCUUGGCAGGAGAAGACAGAGUUCAAACAAAAGUCUACGUCGUUGGAAUAAUGCCAGUGAUUGACUACCUGUCGGAAUCCGUCUACGCAUUAACUGGUUCUUCAGUUAGUUUUCGCUGUCAUGCUUCCGGUAUUCCAAAGCCAAAAAUAUUUUGGUACUUCAUAUCAGUGACGGGUGAAGUUGGAAUCCCUGAAUCAAACUAUCAGAUCAGCCCAGAUCACAGUAAACUCACACUACACAGUGCUCGUCAAUCGGGAACGGUAUGGUGUAUAGCCCGGAAUUCCUAUGGGGCUACAAAUGCCAAAGCCUAUCUCUGGAUUCGCUUGCCUGACUUAAUAGGAUGA